UCAGAUUUUAAUUUUCUAGAAAGAAAAAGAGGAGACGACAAUUGUUUUUCUCUUCUUUCCAUAUUUUAGAGAAUCUCUCCCUCCCUCCCAUCUUCACCUUAGAUCCCUGAUUUUCACGGCGGAUCGAUCCCUGAUUGAUUGAGUUUGUUUUUUGUUUAUCUGGAUUGAUCAAUCACGGAGAAUGGACGAGUUUGGAGUUCUGACGGAGCGUUAUGGGAUCAAGCCCCAAGGCAAAUCUGCUCCAAUGGCUGCCUCCAAGCGUUCUCCCAACAAUCCUCAGACCUGGAAAUCCACCACGACGACGACAUCCUACUCUUCCAAUAAGGUAUCCUCUGGUAACGGAUCUUCCCAUUACGGUGACGACAUUUUCUUUACCUCGAGCUCGACUACUUUGAACGGCGCUAGUUCCAGUGGAUUUGACGAUUUCGAUGUUUUCGGUGGGCUGAGCAAUAACAAAAGCAAGUCCUCAUCUUCAUCGCACGGUUUUGAUGCUCAUGACUUGUUUGGUGCUAUGCCUGCAUCAUCAAAUAAUGAUGAUAUUUUCGGGUCCUUCUCUUCCUCUACGAAGCAGAAGCAAUACGCUCCUGUUGAUGAUUUGUUGGGUGAUAUGGGUGGAUUUGGUACUAAAUCGAACAAUUCAGGGAAGAAUGGUUUUGAUGAAUUGAUACCUGGUUUUGUUGCAUCUUCUCAUACCACUAGCAGCAAGACUACCGCAUCCAACUUUGCUGAUGCUGACCCUUUUGUGGUUCUGGAGUCAGCUAUGUCUGGAGCGCAUUCUUCUUCCGGUAUCUUCGUGGAUCCACUUGAUGCAUUUGCUGCUUCUGUCAGUUCUCAGGGGACAAAACCAGCUACUACCUCACAGGCUUCUUCAAAACUCAAGCCUCCACCUAAACCAACGCAAAAAGUUAACAGAGCUAAGAGUUCAGUGAUGUCUUCAGUAGACGAACUUGACGACUUUGCCAUGGGUACCAUGCGUCGUAGUGCCUCCGCCUCUGACGCUGCCAGUAAAUAUAAAGAAGCUGAAGAGACAAAACAGUUUGGUGUAGAUGACCUCGACUCUUUUUUCACCUCUGGGCCUCGCUCCAGCAGUGUACCAAAAUCACGGACAACAACUGAAGCAACUCGCAAGCCAGCAGUCAACGUGCCAAAAAAGACGACUAAUGGGGUUUCUAGUGCAAAGAAGCCUCCUGCUUCAACAAAUCUGGUGGAUGACUUUUCUGCACUUUUUGGAGAGGACCCUAUUUUUAAAGAAUUUGAGGAAAUCCCUGGGGAAACCGAAGAAAGAAGGAAGGCCAGAUGGGAUCGUGAACAGAGAACAAAGAGCCGUGUGGCACAAGCUGUAGCUGAUAUGAAUAAUCGUGAUCAUCAAUCUCGUAUUGAACAAGAACAGAGAACUAGGAUUUCUGAGACUGCUGAUAGUGAGAUAAGGCGUUGGGUAACUGGAAAAGAAGGAAACAUGCGUGCGCUGUUGUCUUCUUUGCAAAAUGUACUUUGGCCUGGAUGUGGUUGGGAGGCCGUUUCACUGACAGAUUUGAUCACUUCUUCAGCAGUGAAGAAAGUGUAUAGGAAGGCAACGCUGUUUGUUCAUCCCGAUAAAGUUCAACAGAAGGGAGCCACUCUUGAACAAAAGUAUAUUGCCGAAAAGGUUUUUGACAUUUUGAAGGAAGCUUGGAACAAGUUCAACAAAGAGGAGCUCUCUUAAGCCCCCCAUAUGUUUCGGAUCUAGUUGCCCCCUGAGAUCUUCAAUUAAGGUUUGAGAACCGUGUGCUUUCCAGUUGAGCUUGAAUCAGGACUGAGUACGUCUCAAUUGUUGAUUUAGAGGUAGAAACAUCUGAAGAGACUUGGUACCUGCUUGUUUGUGUCUCUGUGUGCUUAUUAUCUCUACGGAUAAUUGUCUGCGAACUUCCUUGAGUCUUGACUUGUUUCAUUUUCGUUUAUCUCAUUCUUUUCCUUUAACAGUAACUCGGCACUUGUCAUCUUUAUGCACACCCAAAAAAACCAUGGGGGAUAUUGUAUAGCCCCAAAAAAAAACAAUAGAUUUUUCUCUUAUAUAAAAAAUAUAUAAUGUUCUUAUUUAGCUCUAGCAUAGAGAUGG